GUGGUACAACAUCCGGGGAAGAACACACGCACACAAGAUCAUUUUUAAUUCAAAUUUAAUUCUAAAUCUAAGAAAACCACAUUUGAACGUUAAUAAUAAUAUGGUGUUCCUGUACGGGCCUCCCUGGACCACAGAAACUCCGAGGACCCUGGCUCUCCACCGCCGGCUCUGGGUGCUCUGUCGGCGGACAACAGAGUCCCGCUGCUCUUCAGCUCUCAGGCCGAAAGCCGAGGCCCAAGCGGCGGCCAACGACGCUCAGCUCGACGGGGUCCCGUUCCUGCCGUUUUGACGAAGCCAGAACCGGAUCCAGACCGGCCUCUAGAGCGUUUUUCUCCGCGGUCUCUGAUUUCAUCCUCCGCCUUCGUGCUCAUGUUUUGCCCCGGAGUUCCUCCCCCUGCGGCGCUGGGCGGAGUUUCACACCGGAGUAGACGCUCCUUUUGUCGGAUACGCUUUGACUCGACUCCCCGGGGUUUGGGACUCAAAACCACACAGUCGAAAGCAGCAGGAAAAGUCCGGACGGGUCCGGGGUGUUCGGUGCUCGUCCGGCUGUGAAUGUGAGGCAGCAGGGAGGUGUCUGACCUGCUGCAGAAUGAACGGCGGUGGUGCGUCUACGCCUCAGUGUUCGAGGAUCAAAAAUGACCCAGAUGACUGGAGCAAAGACGAGUGUCUGACGCUGCUGGAGAGGAUCCGCGGUCUGCUGCCCGACGGAGACGCCAUGAAAUACAAAACCACCGAGUCACAUUUUGACUGGGACAAAGUCUGCUUCGCUAACUUCAGCGCAGACAUGUGUCGACAGAAGUGGCACAAAGUGUCGUCUGAGGUCCGUAAAUACAGAACAAUGACGGAACUAAUUGUGGAUGCCAUCGAGUUUGUGAAGAACCCAUACAAGGGAAAGAAGCUGAAGACUCACCCAGAUUUUCCAAAAAAACCUUUGACGCCAUAUUUUCGCUUCUUCAUGGAGAAACGAGCAAAAUACGCAAAGAUCCACCCAGAGAUGAGUAACCUGGACCUGACCAAGAUCCUGUCCAAGAAGUACAAGGAGCUGCCCGACAAGAAGAAGCAAAAAUACAUCACAGAGUUCCAACGGGAGAAGGAGGAGUUUGAGAAGAACAUGAAUCGGUUCAAGGAGCAGCACCCAGACUUGAUAGAGGAGAGGAAAAAGUCAGACCUUCCAGAAAAACCCAAAACUCCACAGCAGCUGUGGUACAACCAUGAGAAGAAGGCCUACAUGAAGCUGCACCCUGACGUGAGUCAGAAGGAACUGAAGGAGGCGCUGAGGAGACAGUGGUCCCAACUGUCUGACAAGAGGAGACUGAAGUGGAUCAGCAAAGCCCUGGAGCUGCAGAAGGACUACGAGGGCAGUAUGAGAGUGUACCACGAAGCUCACCCUGACCUCCUGACCUCUGACCACGUUCGCUCAGUUCUCACCAAAGCUGAGAGACAGCUAAAGGACAAGUUUGACGGACGGCCCACCAAACCCCCGCCAAACGGAUACUCACUGUACUGCGCUGAGCUCAUGGUGAACAUGAAGGACGUCCCCAGCACCGAGCGCAUGGUUCUGUGCAGCAAACAGUGGAAAAUGAUGACGCAGAAGGAGAAGGACAUGUUCCAGAAACGCUGCGAACAGAAGAAGAAGCAGUAUGACGUGGACAUUCAGCGUUUUCUGGAGAGUCUCCCAGAGGAAGAACGAGACCGCGUCCUGACAGAGGAGAAGAUUGGAGGGUCCAAACUGAGUGUGGGCGUGGCCUCCAAUUCACAUGGAGCCAAGUCCUCGUCCGUCAAGGAGCAGGAAGUGUGGCUCACAUCCAGUUCUCCCAAAGAAAAACGCGACGGUAAAAAGACAGCGAAACUUCCAGAGAGGCCCAAGACGGCGGAGGAGACGUGGCAGCAGAGCGUGAUCGGAGACUACGUGGCCAAAUACAGAAAUGACCGUAGGAAGGCGCAGGCAGCCAUGGAGGCGGCGUGGAAGUCGAUGGAGAAGAAGGAAAAGAUUGUGUGGAUCAAAAAGGCGGCAGAGGAUCAGAAGAGAUACGAAAGGGAGCUGUUGGAGAUGAGAACUUCAGGUCAAAGUCAAAGGAAACUCAAGUUUGAAGGGGAGCCCAAGAAACCACCAGUGAGCGGGUACCAGAUGUUCUCGCAGGAGCUACUAACUAGCGGCGAGUUGAACCACUUUAGCUUAAAGGAACGAAUGGUGGAGAUCGGAAAACGUUGGCACAAACUGAGUCCCAGUCACAAAGACAAGUACAAACGUCAGGUGGAGGAACAACAGGCGGACUACAAGCUCCAACUGGAGAACUGGGUGAAGUCUUUGUCACCUCAGGAUCGAGCCGUCUACAAAGAGUUUUCCACCUCGAAACGUCGCAGCUCGGCCAAAGCUAGCAGCCCAGCAGCUAAAGUUCGAGUGGCAGUGAAGGGGAAGGCCAUGGGCUCCAAACCCGCGGCUCCAAGCAUCGCUGUGGGGAAGAGGGCCAUGGCCUACCGCGCUAAGCAGGACAUGAUGGACACAGACGAAGACGAAAAGAGCGACUCGUCCAACUCUGACGACGACGACGACGAGACGUCGGCAUCUACCGACAGCGAAGACGACGAGAAUGAAGACGAAGAUCAGACGUCAUCAGAAGAAUCAAGCGAGUCCGACUCCGACUAGCUCCGCCCCUCUGCCUUCGUCGCAGGCUCAGCCUCCGUGUUUCAAUCAACCAGCCAGAACCAAUGAGGAGGCAGUGAUGUCACAGGGCAGAGGAGAAAUCUGUUACUUUUUUAUGAGUGUGUUUUUAUGAGAAGGUUAGCGGUGGGCUGUGGGCAUCGGUGGGCGGGCAGAGGGGGAGGAGCCAUUGUCAUUAGUCACCACUGUAGGUGGAGCCAUAAUUGCGCCUACAAUCAGCCCCACAGUAACGAUUGACAAAUAAAUGCACUUUUCUCACCUAGAACGGG